GCAGCUGUAACGUUACUGCCAUAGUGUUUAGCUGGUGUACACCCGUAAAUUAUAUUAAUAUUUUAGUUUUUAAUUUUAUUAUAAUUAAUGAGCCCCUUAUUAAUUGUGGUUGCACGACGCUAAUAUUACAUUAGUGUUAUCGUUGGUUUUCCGUCUUUGCGCACCAACACGGUUACCACCACCGACCCUCCCACCGUGCGAUCGGACGAUACGUCGGAUACGACAAACGUCAACAUCGCUGUACAACAUCGUCGUCACGCAAUGCAUUUGACACCGCGGUAGCCGACUACUAUCGUACUAUUGUUAUUGUUCGUGGUCGGUGGUGGCACGCGAGUCGUCCGUUACCGUCGCGAACUGGUACUAUGGUCCUCCGUUGACGACGGAAAUAUGACGAGGACGGAUGAUGGACGACGUCGGACAGCCGCCCAACGCCAACAUGCUGUCGGUGGACAGUGCCAAGGGACGUCUGGUGGUCGAACGGAUGGACUCCAUCAGGAAUCUGUUCGGAUGUGAGCUGCGGAUGGUGGACAGCAGCGGCGACACGGGCACGACGACGACGACGACUACGACUACGUUCGCAGUAAGCAGACUGGACGAGUACAAAGCGCCGGAUAAUCAAUUGUUAGACCGGUUAAAGUGCUACGUGGACUCUCUGAACGAACUGCAACAGGGAUUGGGCGAAUGCAGCAACGACGAUUCUAGUUACGACUCGGACUUCGGUGGCGACGAUGAUACGAACAGUACGAAUUUCAGUCAUCACGACAUCAGCCGGACCACAUCUGAUACACUUGGCGCCGAGUACGCAGACUACGUUAGCGCGACCGCGUACAAGUCUAGAGUGGACUUCGCCCUCAAACUCGGGUACACCGAACGUUUGGUGCAGGCGGCUCUUAACAAACUGGGUAACGAACCCACCCAGGAUCAGCUUUUAGCCGAAUUGAUCAAACUCGGUGCGCAAUGCGGUCAUAAAUUGCAUGGUGAACCUGACAGCAGCGAAGAAUCGCAGUCCAUUAAUGCCGGAGACCAAAAUCUUCAGACGCCCAAACUCCGUCAUAUUGUAAUCGAUGGAAGCAAUGUCGCCAUGAGCCAUGGGAACAAAGAGACAUUUUCAUGUCGAGGUAUUAAAAUCUGUGUCGAUUGGUUCCGAAUGCGCGGUCAUACAGACAUCACGGUGUUUGUACCAAAAUGGCGAAAAGAAGCGUCCAGACCUGAUAAUAGAAGAAUUAUUGAUCAAGAUAUUUUGACGGAGUUGGAACGUGCCAGGAUGCUUGUUUUCACUCCGUCUAGAGAAAUUGGAGGCAAGCGAAUGGUUUGCUAUGAUGAUCGAUACAUACUUCGACUAGCCUCAGAAUUAGAUGGUGUUGUCGUUUCCAAUGAUAAUUACAGAGAUCUAGCUAAUGAAAGUCCAGCAUUCCGUUCUGUUGUACAAAAUAAUAUACUAAUGUACUCUUUUGUAAAUGACAGAUUUAUGCCACCAGAUGAUCCAUUGGGUCGUUCAGGUCCUACCCUUGAUGUAUUUCUUCGAAGCAAAGCUCCUGGUGUUGGAUUAACCGCAGUCAGUACUGAGACUUGUCCAUAUGGUAAAAAAUGUACAUAUGGAAACAAGUGCAAGUUUAACCAUCCUGAACGCGGCCUACAACCUGUAAAAUCAGUUACUGAACGACUAAUAGAACAUGCUCAGCGGCAAAGUUCAGCUGGACGUCAAAUCAAAGGAAAAUCAGUCAGCUUACCUCUGCAGUCUGGCAAUAACUCGAAAAAGCCAUUGACUCGUACCAUGUCUAAUGUUCCAACUCCGUCCAAUCAUCCACAAUUGUGGGGUGUAUGGACUCCUAACAAUUAUAGAGAACCUGAAUCGGAAUCUGAUAAUUUACAUAAUAAAUUACAGAGGCAACUUACUUUAAACCCAACAUACGACCCACGCCUACUUCAUCUGCAGCGAAGCCAACACUGUAAUGUGACACGAAUAGCUUCUGCACCUCCUGUACCUAUGCCAAUGAAUGUACCCCAAACUGUAGGAACUAGUUGUUCAGACCCUCAAAUAUUUCCCAGUUACCAAGAAGCAAGGCAAAAGUUAUAUUAUCAUUUGGCUUCUAUAUUUCCAGAAGAACAGGUUUCUACAGCCAUGCAAUAUUAUCCAAAUGAAACGAAUCCUCAGAAGAUUUGUGCAGCUAUAUUGAAUAUGUUUUCAAAAACGUGAUUAUUUAAUUUGUUAUAUUUGUACUUUUGUACAAUGUUUCACAAGUGAUUUUGUCAAAUUACAUAAGCUUAUUGACAAGACGGCGACACUUGAUACAAUGUAUCUAUUAUUGUGUUGAUUUAUUUUAAAAUCAUGUAUUUUUGUAUAGACUAUUAUGUUAAUUUUGUGUAAUUUUAUUAUAAGUUAAUAUUUUUGUAUAUUUUGGUUAACCUAUCCAAAUGUAUAACAAAGAGUGGUGUUAAUAAUAAUAAGUUAAAGCUUUUCA